ACGCCAAUCAAUCCCAAGCACCCUUGCGUUAACAAACUAGAUUCACUUCCGUUUAUGGCUGGACCCCAAUAUGCACGAGCUGGCUAAUCGUUACUUAACUUUUUUUUUUCUUCCUGCUCGGGUAGAUAUCCCAACCAUCCAUCUGUUACAUUUAUUGAAAUUUUGACUUUAAAGCCACCGAAGCCCUUUUUAUUUAUCGGUGUCCAUUUUGUAUUUCCCCUCUUUUACACGACCAAAGAACGCGUCACUCAGCUAACCCACGUUAGCCACUGUUACGCUAACCCAACACAGCCGCGCCAAGAUGGACGAAACUGCGGCGGAGGUGCUCGAAGACCCCGCGGCAGACGAACAGUCCAUCGCUAUGGAUGAUGCCACGCCAUCAAACAGCAGUGCGACAGCCGUCGAGGGUAUCGCAGAUGGGCCUAAAAUUUGUUGCCAAGAUUGUGGCGAGGCCUUUAAAGAAGAAGCAGGCUACUUGGAGCACCGCAAUCAGCACCCCGACGGAAGCUGCCUAAUGUAUUUAGAGCCAGUGGAAGAUUUGGAUGAUGCCGACAAAGAUGGAGAAAGUACAAGUUACUGUAAUUUCUGCUCACAGUCAUUUGGUGAUUUGAGUGAAUUCCGCUUACACAUGGAGAACCACCGCAGUCAACCCCUUGACACUCAGCCGAUUUCAGGGGCGGCGAAGCCAACCUUUCAAUGCGAGGAAUGUGGCAAGAGCUAUUUUAUGUUCGGACACUAUCUCAAUCAUCAGCGGAGCCACAUUCAGGCGUCAAAAUCUCUAUUUAAAGACUUGGAGCAGUUGAAGAAAAAGUCCUUUCAGUGCGAAUCCUGCGGGCGGAGUUAUUCUCGUCAGUCUGCUCUUGAUGCCCACCGACGUUGUCAUGAAGGAAAAUUAAUCAAAUCCCGAAACAGGACUUCAGAGGAAUUUAUUCCUCCAGUUGAGACAGCAGGUGAAGCCAAGCCUGUUGAAAACCAGACUUAUGCUAUUCCCGAGAAGCUUAUCAGUUGCACUUGCGGUAAAGCUUUUUCUUCUCUGAAUGGCUUGAAAACACACCAGCGAUUCAGCCACUCCCUCCAGUGCUCUAAAAUAGAAAUUAAAGUAAAGCAGAAGAAAAAUGUGUAUAACUGUAAGGACUGCAAGAAGAUUUUCCAUGGCCAUCUUGCUUGGUUCAACCAUGAGAAAUGGCAUGAAAACCGAGCAGAAGGCUCUGCAAACCGAUUUCCAUGUGAGACCUGUGGAAAAGUGUUUAUGACUCAAACCUUCUACUUUAGACACCUCCGCACGGUGCACAGCGAGGCCCCGGCAAAGUCAUUUCUCCACCAAGUGGGCCAGGUGCAGAAAAGGGCGCUUGAAUGUAAAGACUGUGGCCUCAAGUUUUCUAGACCGUCAGCAUUUCACUCUCAUCAGCGUCAACACACAAAGGAUUUUAAAGAAACCGAGGGAUUGGCUGAUAAGCAAAAACCUCUGGUACAACAGCAGAUUGCUUUGCAUGGUGAACCUAUAUUGAGAUAUCAAGCAGAUGCACAGAAUGUUCUUCGGCUUAAGAGUGAUGAUGACCCACUUGUUAAUGAAGAAGAUAUGGAGAGUUAUGAACCUGGGGAUUUCAACGUCUUGGUGAUCAGUGCCAGUGAAUCGGAGGAGGAGACCGUUCAAGACUCUCAUUUUGAGCUGGACAGCGAAGCUGAUCAACAGGCUAAAGACUUAGCCGAAACCGUCCCUGCUCCCAAUCAACCAGAGCUGGGCUUGAAAAUUGUACAGGUUGAUCUUGAGUCUGGCAAGGAACAACGCCCAACGACAGAAGCCGAAAACACAGUGGUGGCAGAAAGAAUUGAUUGUCCAGAUUGUUACCGGUGGUUUACUAGUGAGUCAUCUCUGCGGGCUCACUUAAUGUGGCACAACGUUCAUGAGAGGAGACGAAAGAAAGGUCAGUCCGUGGAAGUUUACACAUGUGACAAUGAAGCUAAUAGUUACGCAGCAGGUUAUACCACAAUAGAAAGGAAGCAGGAAUUAAGCCAGCUAGAGCAAUUAAAUUGUGUGACGUGUGACAACUGCGGUGUAUACUUUGUAUGUUCGUCUGCUCAUAUCGUUGAUCAGCCCAAUAGAAAACAAUGGUUAUGCCAAGAUUGUGUGACAUCUAGCUCACAGAAAGCUAGUUUGGUAAGCCACACAAUGAACCACUCUGCACGUAGAAAACAGAACAUAUCAGUUAUAAAAGUGUACAAUCCAAAGAAAACACUUCUCGGCCCUAAAAUACACCAUUGCGAGCAGUGUGGGAAGGGUUUUUGGUCUUUAGGAGCGUACUCUCAUCACAAGCAAAAUCCAAGUCAAUGUGUCGAUGUGAGGCUAAGGACAGGCAUUGCACAGCCAAUGCACCGUGGGCGUUCUCGCACCAGCAAUAAAGUCACAUGUACAGUUUGUGGUAGAAAAUUCCGUCACAAGGGCAUUAUGACGUUGCACAUGCGCAUACAUGAAAAUGGAAACCACAAGUGUGACAUCUGCAACAGAUCAUUCCGUCUGUUAUCCAGCCUCCUCAGGCACCAGGUUGUGCAUAACGAACACCUACCACCACCUACUAAGUCUUUUCAGCACCAGGUAGAGCAGCUGCAAAAGAAUACGUACAGCUGCACCGAAUGCGGUAAGCUGUUCUCCCGGGCCAAAGCCCUUAAGUUUCAUAUGAAGUACCACGGUUAUGAGAGUGGGCAUUCACCUUCACCACCUAGAUCCUCACAGGAGGUCAUCCAGUGUGUCUUGUGCCUGACCUAUUUCAAAACCAAGGCCUCUUUGCGAGCUCACCAAAAGAUUUGCAUUAAAAAAGAAUGCCAAACAUCAAAUUGUCAGACCGAAAGACUAAAUGAUAAUUUAAUGGAAGAAAGCUCCGUAAGGUUACCGCAUAUCACUGUUAAAAAGAAAGAAAUAGACACAGAGGAGCUACACAGUGAAAGUCCAAAUACUACAUGCCACUUAGAAACAAACAGUAAUUUGAAAUACAAAUGCAAAAAGUGUGACAAAAGCUUUUCAGUUGUUGGGGCUUUAAACUUGCAUAACAGAAUUCAUGCUAAGGGCUACAAAAAUAAAGCUUAUGCGACAUUAUCCUCUUUGCGUAGUGAAGAAGAGUUAAGGAAAGACUUUCCAUUUCCGUGCAUUGAAUGUGGGAAGCGAUUUAUAUCCAACUCUGCCCUUGGCUCCCACAAAAGAUGGCACUCUAAAGAAAAGUUUUCUAACUACUGGCUGCAGGACCACCACAUGAGUACACAACACGUAAAUAGCCCCAAAAGUGACACCCAAUGUGACUUAUUGUGUCCAGAAAGGCUACUUUUAAGUGACGAUACAGGUACCCAGGAAGGCGUUACCUCCCUCAAAUCAGUUAACCAGGUGGUUUUAGAUGACUGUGAACCCACCUCUAUGCUGACUUCAAAAAUGCACCAGUGUCCCCUCUGUUCUGUGAGCUUUUCCACACCCAAAGGCCUUUGUGCCCACAAAUUGCAAGCCCACCCAGAGAUUGCAAAAGACACACCUAAGAUUACAGUGGAUGCUCAAACUCAAGCAUCCAAAGUGACAAUCAGUGUUGUUGGCGAGAAAAACCUUGGAUUAGAUGCCCCUCCUUUGAGUUCUGCCAUAAAAGUUCAGUGUGGUCUGCAGUGCAGCACUGCUGUCAAGGACCGUAAACUACGUCCAGAAUUUAAAACGGAAGUCCAAGCCCCUGAGGCCUUAGCUGAUAUCUCGCUUCCCUUUAGCCGCCUAUCAGAGCCCACUGGUAAAUGUCUCUACAAAUGUGGGAAAUGCGGUAAAGCUUUCCAGACUGAAGGGCAGUUAGUAAGUCACAAGACUAGGGCAAAGAGCCGGCCUUUCUGCUGUGCUUUGUGCUGCAAUGCCUUCUGGACUGAGAAUCAGCUGCAGCAACACCUCACCUGGCAUGAUCAGGUGCGAUUGCGGCUCCCCAACGAGGUUAGAUUGCGCCUCAGUGCUGCUUUGACUUCGAGGUCCCUCAAACCAAUAGAUAAUUAAUUUUUUUCACCAUCCACAUUACCAAACCGAACAUGUUCACAUUGUCAAGGUGAUGCAUGUAAUUUUGCUAAUCCUCUAAUGGUAGUCAGUGACUUACAGGACCCCACUGACCAUCACCUUGCAUCUGUUGGUGAUGACAGAGGGACGAACUAUGGCCGUGCUCCUGCCUUCUCUGGAGACUCAGGGCAACCUUACUUGUCUUGAAUCUUAAGCUACUUUUAGUCAUAAAACUGAUUUGCACCAGCACUACAUUAAACACGCCCAGGGUGUGUUAUAAAAAAGAAAAAGUGACAAACUAAAUGUAAAUUACAUGUAAACCUUAAUGUUUCUUUGUGUUUGUCUGUCCUUUUGAUCAAAGUUAUUUUUAGUCCUAACUUACGUUAUCAUAUUUGUCUUAUAUGUUGUUGUCCUUUGAAGCGUAUCUUUACACUGGAUUUAGUAGUGUCUUAAUGUUCUAUGACCUACACAAUGUCCCCUUUUAAACACGUCAUGAAAACAUUUACUUGAAAAAAUGAAUGCGUUUCAGCUAAGCGUAUGCAUCUAAAAAUAGAUAUACAUUAAAUAUAUUUAUGCUCAUCUGGAUCAUUUUAUGCUCUGUUGAAGAUCAGAAAAAAAAUACUGGUAUCUUAGUUUUGGUUAAAUUACCAGAGAAAUGUUGGAUAAAACCCAGUCAAAAAGGCCUGUCGCAAAACACUAAUAUGUACAAUGUUUUUGCAUGAACUGACUACUAAGCUCAUGACCUUUUUCUUUGUCAUGGUUUAUUUCUAUGUUGUAGAAAAGUUAUUUAUUGCUUAAAAAGACUGUGGCACUUGUAUUCAUUUAGAAUGGCUUAGUUGCACUUAUUUUGGAGAAAUAUCUAUUAAUGAAGCCUUUUUCUUAGGUGACUGAUGCCUCUCACUAUAUGUUAACUUGCUGUUUUUGACAAUAUAAUAAAUUGAUCUGCUUUAGCCUGAA